AUGAUUGCUGGGGCUCUGUGGCUGCAUGGGGACACGUGGCUGCCGGGGGUCCCCAGCUGCUGGGGGCUUCCUGGGUGUCUGAAACUGCUGGGGUUCCGUGGCUGCUGAGGCUGUUUCAGGGUUAGCUGUGCCCCCUGCCUUUCCACGGGCAUCGCUGCUGGGCCUGGGGCGCCUCAGACUCCCCCGGUUGCUGCGGGAGGGAGGGAGGAGGCUCCAGCCCCCAGCAUCCGGCACCUGACAAAGAUCUCUUGGCGGGUGGCGCGUCGUGCCGACGAGCUCUCUGCACGUCCUCUCAUCUGAGCGGGGACGGGGGCGCCGCCGCUGUGUGCCAUGCGGAGGGGAAGGGCGCUGGGCACCUGGGCAUUGCUGGCCAGCCUGGCCCUGGCCAGCUGGGGCGUCCGAGGACAGAAAGUAAUCCUGAAAGAAGCCAGUGGGAAGGUGUUCCUGCAAUGCGCAAGCAGUGGAAGUCAAGUCACGUGGUGGAAAGAUGGGAAUGAGAUAGGAAACACAAUACGGCUGGACUUGGGUGCAGUUUACGAUGAUCCCAGAGGAAUCUAUACAUGUGAAAUAGAAAACGGAAAGAGAAGCCCCCCGCUUCAGGUGCACUAUCGAAUGUGCCAGAACUGCAUCGAAGUGGACGCUCCCACCAUCUCGGGGAUCGUGGUUGCAGAUGUCGUCGCCACCGUCUUCCUGGCGGUCGCCGUGUAUUGUGUCGCUGGCCACAACAAGGGACGCAUGUCUCGAGCUUCUGACAGGCAGAACCUGAUUGCCAAUGAGCAGGUCUACCAGCCCCUUGGUGAGCGGGACGAUGGACAGUACAGCCGGCUGGCACCUGCCAAGGCCCGCAAGUGAAGUGGGAAGAUGCUGUGGCCUGUGAUUCCUUCACACCGGGAGCGAUACCACGGCAAAGCCAGUGCCCAAGAGCACUGGUACCCUGCCAUGGCGCUGCCUUUAUAAGCUUGCUGCUGUCAGAACACAGCACAGGUUUUUGCGCAGAGAGCCCUCCAGCUCCUUGCCAGGAUGGGCUGCUUGUAGCACUCCGCUCUUUCCAUGACCUCUUGUGCUUCUGUAUUCCUCUCAUUAAAGAUAAGCCUGUCCCACA